AUGAGAGAAAUUUGUUCAAGGUCCUUUAAAUUUGGGCAAAUUCUCUCCAGAUCUUUAUUUCAACAAUUAAACACAUCUUUUAGUGGUAAAUGCCUAUUUUACGGUGCUCUUUUCAACUUGCCAAACAAAUUAUUAUUUAGAAGUAUUACAUAUAAUAGCGAUCCAUAUAAAGUUUUAGGAGUUUCAAGAAAUGCAUCUGAUGAAGAAAUUAAGCUAAAAUUUAGGGAGUUGGCAAAAAAAUAUCAUCCAGAUUUAAAUCCAUCAGAUGAAGCUAAAAAUAAAAUGGCAAGAAUAGUAAGUGCAUAUGAAACACUUUCAGAUCCAUCAAAGAGAGGUCACUUUGAUCAUUCUAGAACAGAGCCAGCUGGUCAAGCAUACAAUAUUUAUAAAAAUAAAAAGAACAAGCAUUCAUAUAACUGGUUUGAAGAUAGACCUUGGACGAUGCCAAAUAUAGACAAGAUAUUUACAAGUUCCUUACUUUUCGACAAUCUCUUUGGGUUUGAAGAUUUUUUUCGGAAGGAAAGGCAGAAUUUGACAAAAAAUAUACAUUUAAAGGUAACCAUAAACAUUUUUGACGCUAUAAAUGGAACAAAUAAGACUAUUAAAACUCAUUCUACUUGCAAAUGUGAUGUAUGUAAUGGCGUUGGGAUUAUUAAAAGACCAAGCGCAACUAAAUGCCCAAAUUGUGGUGGUUCUGGGAUAAAUGUUUAUCAAAAUGGUCCGUUUUUAAUAAAGACAUUAUGCAUGAAAUGCAGUGGGAGUGGAUAUUCAAAUUUAAUGCUUUGUCUAAAUUGUAAUGGUAAUGGUAGUAUUAUUAAAGAUAAAAGCGUUUCACUAAGAAUUCCGAGAGGAACGAGAAACGGGAGGCAAUUAAAACUGAGUUCAGAAGGUAACUAUGCCCUGGGUAAUUAUGGCGAUUUAUUUAUUAAAGUUUAUGUUAAGCCGCAUUCAAAACUUAAAUGGAUAAAGGACGAUAUUCAUAUAAGUAUUCCAAUAUCAAUUAAUACUUGCAUCUUUGGUGGGGAAAUUAAUGUACCUGGUUUAAUUAAAGAUACAAGCAUGCGAGUUAAAAUACCACCCAAAACCGAUCCAAGGAUUCCAUAUAUAAUAAAAGGUAAAGGGCCACCUAUUUUUGGGAAAAACACUCAUGGGGACUACAUUAUUCACUUCGUCACUCAAUGCUCGUACCCUGAUUUAUCUAAAACUCACAAGGAGAAAAUUGGAAUUAAAGAUAAGUUAAUCAAUAUAAUAAGUGAAAUUAACAAAAAGUUUCAAAAAAGAAAUAGUUCAGUAUGA